AUGCGUGUGAACGCUGUCCUUGCUACAGCUCUUUACUCUUCGGCUGCUCUACUCGGCCAGGUCCGAGCGGACGACACCGAUGACGCUGUCGAGUCUUCAUCAACCUCAAUAGAGGAGACGAGCACUACCUCAGCCAUCGAGAAGCCGACCUUCACUCCUUCCAAAAUCAAAGCAGACUUUUUCGAACAAUUCACAGACGAUUGGGACUCACGGUGGAAACCCUCCCACGCAAAGAAAGAAGAUUCUAAGACCACCGAAGAAUGGGCAUACGUCGGCGAGUGGGCGGUUGAGGAGCCCCAUGUCUUCAAGGCCAUUGAGCAAGAUAAGGGUUUGGUUGUAAAAAAUCCAGCAGCCCAUCAUGCCAUAUCCGCCAAGUUUCCCAAAAAGAUCGACAACAAGAAGAAUACCCUUGUUGUUCAGUAUGAGGUCAAGUUACAAAACGGUCUUGAAUGUGGUGGUGCAUAUAUGAAGCUUCUCCAGGACAACAAGGCUCUACACGCGGAGGAAUUCUCCAACGCCUCUCCUUAUGUCAUCAUGUUUGGCCCCGAUAAGUGCGGUGCCACGAACAAGGUCCACUUCAUCUUCAAGCACAAGAACCCAAAGACUGGAGAAUACGAGGAGAAGCAUCUCAAGAGCGCCCCAUCAGCGAAGAUCACUAAGGGUACUACCAAUCUCUACACGCUCAUCGUCUACGAAGACAAUGAAUUCGAAAUCAAGAUCAACGGCGAAUCAAGCAAGAAGGGCAACCUUCUCGAAGAUUUCACGCCAUCCGUGAACCCGGACAAAGAAAUCGAUGACCCCAAGGACACCAAGCCCGAGGAUUGGGUCGACGAGGCCAGAAUCGCCGACCCAGAAGCUACCAAGCCUGAAGAUUGGGAUGAGGACGCUCCAUUUGAGAUCAUCGACGAGGAAGCUACUAAGCCUGACGACUGGCUCGAGGAUGAGCCUACCAUGAUCUCAGACCCAGAGGCUGAGAAGCCAGAAGAUUGGGAUGAUGAGGAAGAUGGUGACUGGAUCCCACCCACGGUACCAAACCCCAAAUGUGAGGAAGUCUCUGGCUGCGGUAAAUGGGAGCCACCAACCAAGAAAAACCCUGCUUACAAAGGCAAAUGGACUCCUGAGUACAUUGAUAACCCAGCAUACAAGGGUGUUUGGGCACCAGCGAAGAUCCCUAACCCUGAUUACUUUGAGGACAAGACGCCCUCCAAGUUCGAGCCCAUGGGCGCUAUCGGGUUUGAAAUCUGGACAAUGCAGAGCGACAUCCUCUUCGAUAACAUCUACAUUGGCCACUCCGUCGGGGACGCAGAGAAACUCAAAGCCGAAACCUACGACGUCAAGCACGCCAUCGAAGUAGCAGAAGAGGAAGCCAGCAAGCCACCACCAGCAAAGGAAUCGCCCAAGUCUCCGAUGGAUCUCAAAUUCAUGGACGACCCAGUCCACUACGUCCGCGAGAAGGUUGACCUUUUCUGGGCCAUAGCUAAGAACGACCCCGUCGAAGCCGUGAAGGCUCUUCCUGAAGUCGCUGGCGGAAUCGGUGCUUUGGCUGUGACAGUCAUCGCAUUGAUUGUUGGUAUCGUUGGCCUCUCAGCCGCUCCCCCACCCCAGGUGCAGAAAGCAGCGGAGAAAGUAAAGCAAACCGCCAUGGACACCAAGGAUCAAGUAGUUGACGCAGCUAGCACUGCCACUGAGAAAUCUCAAGCGGAGCUCAACAAGAGAACUACGCGAUCAUCAGGACCUGCGGAGUGA